AUGGCAAACCUCUCCGACGGUGAAGACAGUCAAAUGCAAGACUCCCCCUCUAGCACCCCGUCAACACCUCCCGCGGUGCUCUCGAACCCGACCGAGAACCUCACCCUGCACUCACCGCCCGUGGAGCAAACGCCACCGGCCUCGCAGCAGAACACGCCAGUACCGAACUGGGCCAGCAAGCGCGCGCAGGAGGAGGCCGAGACGGCCAGGGAGAAGGUCGUUGACGCGAAGUUUACUACAAAAUGGCUCGGGGACGAUCUCGAUGAGGGGGAUAUGUGGAAGAACGGGUAGUUGAAUACAGCUUAUUUCUUUUUUUGCCCUACAGUUGGGGGGUAGCCUGUAGUGGAUUUUUUUUCUUUUUUUUUUAAAAAAAAAAAGGAAGAGAAAAAAACUAUGG